GAAAGAAGAAAAGCCAUGGCAGCAGCUGAGUUAGGAAUAACAACAAGCAAAGAUGAGCAUUACAUUGGCAAGAUGACCCUGCUUGUUGUGCUAUCUUGUAUGGUUGCUGCCAUGGGAGGCAUUAUUUAUGGCUAUGAUAUUGGGAUUUCAGGUGGAGUGACUUCAAUGGAGCCGUUUCUCAAGAAAUUUUUCCCAGAAGUGCACACUAAGAUGAAAGAAGAUACCAAAACCAGCAACUACUGCAAAUUUGAUAGCCAACUUUUAACAGCAUUUACAUCCUCACUCUAUAUAGCUGGCCUUGUAGCUUCCUUCUUUGCCUCUUCAGUCACCAGAACCUUCGGCCGAAACCCUUCAAUCCUUGUAGCUGGUGCCUCAUUCCUUGCUGGUUCGGCCUUAGGCGGUGCAGCUACUAAUGUCUUCAUGCUAAUAUCUGGUCGUAUCUUGCUUGGUGUUGGGGUUGGCUUUGCAAACCAGUCAGUCCCACUUUAUCUCUCAGAAAUGGCACUACCUAGACACACAGGAGCUUUCAACAUUGGCUUCCAAUUAUGUGUUGCCAUUGGAGUAUUAUCAGCUAACCUCAUCAACUUCGGUGCUGAAAAGAUCACAGGCGGCUGGGGGUGGCGAAUCUCCCUAUCCUUGGCAGCAGUCCCAGCCUCAAUACUAACUCUCGGUGCUCUUUUACUGCCAGAAACACCCAACAGCUUAAUCCAACGCUCCAGCGACCACCAAAAAGCAGAGUCAAUGCUACAACGAACACGAGGAUGCGAAGAUGUCCAAGCAGAACUGGAUGAUCUCAUCAAAGCAAGUGAAAAUUCAAAAACCAUCAAACACCCUUUUAAGAAAUUGAUGCAAAGAAAGUAUAGGCCUCAACUUGUCAUGGCAAUUGCCAUGCCAUUCUUUACACAAGUGACUGGGAUCAAUGUCAUCUCAUUUUAUGCGCCAGUACUAUUUAGAACACUUGGUCUAAGUGAAAGCAUGUCACUCUUGUCAGCUGUGAUGAGCGCCGGCAUGGUAGGCACCUGCGCGACAUUUGUAUCAAUGCUUAUGGUGGGCAAACUAGGCAGAAGAACUCUGUUUGCAAUUGGGGGCAUUCAAAUGUUUGUGUCACAAGUUAUAGUAGGGAGCAUAAUGGCAGCUGAGCUAGGUGACAAAGGUGGAAUAAGCAAAGGGUAUGCAUAUUUGGUGCUGAUCUUUGUGUGUGUGUAUGUAGCUGGGUUUGCUUGGUCAUGGGGCCCACUAGGGUGGCUGAUCCCAAGUGAGAUUUUCCCAUUUUUUUGCCCCUAA